AUGGAUAUCUUCAGUGGGCUGCUAACGUCGUUUAUUUUCAUCAUAUCCGCCGUUUAUUUGUACAUACGCAGCCGGCAUAACUACUGGAAGGAUCAGGGGGUUCCCUAUGCACCAAAUCCCCAUUUUUUCUAUGGCCACAUGCAGGGCCAGUCAACAACGAGACACGGUGCAGUGAUCAACCAGGAGCUGUACAGGCACUUCAAGCAACGCAGUGUCCCGUACGGUGGUGUUAGCUUGUUCAUCAUGCCGUCACUCAUCGUCGUGGAUCCAGAGCUGGUGAAGAAUGUGCUUGUGAAGGACUUUAACGUGUUUCACGAUCGGGGAGUUUACUCGAAUCCCAAGCAUGAUCCCUUCACGGGCAAUCUUUUCGGAUUGGAGGGAACCUCCUGGCGAAUCUUGCGCCAAAAGCUGACGCCAACGUUCACGUCGGGACGCAUGAAAGAAAUGUUCGGAACGAUCUGGGAAGUUGCCUUGAAACUGGAAAACUUCAUGGAGAGCUGUGCGCAGACGGAGAUCGAGAUGAAGGACGUGUUGGGGCGCUUCACGACGGACGUAAUCGGUACGUGCGCGUUCGGUAUCGAGUGUAACACGCUGGAGUAUCCAGACUCAAACUUCCGCAAGUACGGUAACAAGGCGUUCGAACUGGAUAUUGUUACCAUGACGAAGUUCUUCUUCGCCGCCUCCUAUCCACGGUUAGCCCGAGCGCUGCGGGUGAAGAUAACCAAGGACGACGUAACAGAGUUUUUUAUGAACAUCGUCGAAGAGACCGUCGACUAUCGCGAGAAGCACGAUGUGCAGCGGAACGAUUUCAUGAAUUUGUUGCUUCAGAUAAAAAAUAAGGGAAAACUGGAUGACCAAAGCCCUGCGGUUGGAAAGGGGGAAGUUGGACUAACGACGAGCGAGCUAGCUGCUCAGGUGUUUAUCUUCUUUCUGGCCGGCUUUGAGACGUCGUCAACCACAAUGAACUUUUGUCUGUACGAGUUGGCGAAGAAUCCCGACAUUCAGGAGCGCCUGCGGGACGAGAUCAACCGGGCGAUCGACGAGAACGGGGGCGCCGUGACGUAUGACGUCACAAUGAACAUCGAGUACCUGGACCAAGUAAUUAACGAAACUCUUCGAAUGUAUCCACCGGUGGAAACACUAACUCGAAAAGCCGCCAAAGCGUAUGUUAUCCCGGGCACAAAAGACCUGAUUCCUGAAGGUACCAUAGUGCAAAUCCCUGCCUAUGCUAUUCACCACGACUCGGACCAUUACCCCGAUCCUGAACGCUUCGAUCCGGAUCGGUUCUCUCCGGAGGAGGUCAAAAAGCGUCAUCCGUACGUGUUCAUCCCGUUCGGGGAGGGUCCUCGGAUUUGCAUCGGCCUGCGGUUCGGUGUGAUGCAGACGAAGGUGGGAUUGAUCACGCUGCUGCGCAAGUUCCGAUUCUCUCCAACACAGAGUACACCCAGCAAAAUUGAGUUCGACCCAAAGUCUUUUACGCUCUCGCCAAUUAUGGGCAACUAUUUGAAGGUUGAAAAGGCUAAUGAAACCAAGAUGGAGCUUAUCAAUCUUGUGCUCGCCGGGUUCCUCUUCGUGGUUUCGGCCGCGUUUCUGUUCCUGCGCAGCAAGCACAACUACUGGAAGGAUCACGGCUUUCCGUACGCACCGAAUCCGCACAUCCUGUUUGGGCACUCCAAAGGACAAGGGCAGACCAAGCAUGGGGUAGAGGUGCAUCAGGAGCUGUACGACUACUUUAAGCGCCGUGGUAACGCCUACGGCGGAAUGAGCCAGUUCGUUAUACCCUCGAUCAUGGUCAUGGACCCGGACCUGGUGAAAACGAUACUCGUGAAGGACUUUAGCGUGUUCCAAGACCGUGGUGUGUUCGUUAACCCCAAGGAUGAUCCGCUGUCGGGGCAUCUGUUCGCGCUGGAAGGCAAUACGUGGCGGCUCCUGCGCCAGAAGCUUACGCCAACGUUCACGUCGGGACGCAUGAAGCAAAUGUUCGGUACGAUCUGGGACGUCGCCUUGCGGCUAGACAGCUUCAUGCAGGACCACUGCCAGCAGCCGGACGUUGAGAUGAAGGACGUGUUGGGGCGCUUCACGACGGACGUGAUCGGUACGUGCGCGUUCGGUAUCGAAUGUAACACGCUGGAGGCGCCAGAGUCCGACUUCCGAAAGUACGGUAACAAGGCGUUCGAGCUGAACUUGGGGAUAAUAUUAAAAUUUUUCCUCGCGUCCGCGUACCCAAACCUUGUACGUGCGCUUAAAAUGAAGUCUACGUACGCCGACGUGGAGAAGUUCUUCAUGGACAUGGUCCGCGAAACGGUCGGCUAUCGGGAGAAGAACAAUAUCAAGCGGAACGAUUUCAUGAACCUGCUGCUGCAAAUCAAGAACAAGGGCAAACUGGACGAGAACGAGAAUGAAUCGGUCGGCAAGGGAGAAGUCGGCAUGACGCACGAAGAACUGGCGGCCCAGGUGUUUGUGUUUUUCCUGGCCGGCUUUGAGACAUCUUCGACCACGCAAAGCUUCUGUCUGUACGAGUUGGCGAAGAACCCCGACAUCCAGGAGCGCUUGCGGGACGAGAUCAACCGUGCGAUCGACGAGAACGGGGGCGCCGUGACGUACGAUGUGGUCAUGAACAUUGCGUAUCUGGAUCAGGUCAUCAACGAAACUCUCCGCAAGUACCCACCGGUAGAGUCGUUGAGUCGGGUACCGUCGGUUGACUAUACAAUACCCGGCACGAACCACGUGCUGCCGAAGCGAACGCUGGUGCAGAUUCCCGUCUAUGCCCUGCAGCACGAUCCAGAGUACUACCCCGAUCCGGAACGCUUCGAUCCGGAUCGGUUCUCUCCGGAGGAGGUCAAAAAGCGUCAUCCCUACGUGUUCCUUCCGUUCGGCGAGGGUCCCCGGAUUUGCAUCGGCCUGCGGUUCGGUGUGAUGCAGACGAAGGUCGGAUUGAUUACGCUGUUGCGCAAGUUCCGAUUCUCCCCAUCGCCACGAACUCCUGAGAAGGUUACGUUCGACCCGAAAAUGAUCACUAUUUCUCCCAUCGCGGGAAACUAUUUGAAAGUAGACAAACUGUAGCAGCAAUCGGAUGACAGCCCGCGGGGGCCGGUACAAUGU